UGGUGGUCGGUCUGUCUGUGGCAGUAGGCGUUUUGGCUGCCAAGGCCAAUAGCCCAGCUUGCAAGGAUGGCCUCCCGGCUGAGCAGGAGUGUCGAAACAUCACCCACCUCCUGGAGCAGGAGCUGACCCAGGCCCAGGAAGUCUUACGGGGACUGAGGCCCAAGCUGCUACUUGCAACCAGACUGUGGAGACCCUGAAGAUUUCCCUGAAAGAGCAGAUGGCUGCGGGCCACAAGCAACAGGAGCUGGUGCAGAAGCUUCAAGAGGAGAUCAAGACAUUGAAUCAGUCGCUGCAGGAGAAAUCCGCGGAUCUGGAGAAGAAAUCCGCGGAUCUGGAGAAGAAAUCAGCGGAUCUGGAGAAGAAAUCCGCGGAUCUGGAGAAGAAAUCCGCGGAGCUGGAGCAACUAAGAAAAGAGAAUGAGGCCUUGGUCUCUGCCAAGUCCGCCCAACUCCGGAGUCAGCCUCAGUCUCUCCGUGGCUGCUGUGCUCCUGCCCCUGAGCCUCCAGGCUCUGCUGGCCUGAGGUCCCAGGAAGCCUGCAGGCACAUUCUAACCUGGCUGAGGGCUGUUUACCCAGAGCCAUGGGGAUUAACCUCAGAAUGCAGUCCAGCCUCCUUUUCUGAGAGUUUCCUGUCAUCUUGGAAAGAUGACAACCUGGUCCCAGAUCGUUUAGCAAUCUAUCCUAAUAAACGUUCCAAAAUUCAAAUCUGUCUCUGCUUAAUAAUUGAUUCAAGGAGUGACAGGCACCCAGACCCAUCUGUUGUCGGUUUCAGAGCCCACAACCUGGACUCGCCUGUUUCCCUCUGGGUUUCCCUGACCUGGCCAGUUCUGAGGGGCACAUGGCUGUGGGGAGGGGAAGGAGGGGGAUUCGCCAACACAGGGGCUGGGCGCAGGCGGAGAGGGGGCGGCUGGCCUCCCAAGCCCAUCGGCCAGAACCACCGCAGCGGCCUCUUUGGCUGA